AUGAAACCAGCUGCAGCCAGCAAACGCAAAGCUUCUGAGAUUGAAGAACCACAAACUUUACAGAAAUUGAUAGCGAUGAUGAAAGACUUCAAAUGGUCGAUCAAAAUUGUGAUCAAGUCCGUCGCAAAAUUUGUAGUUUCCUCGAGACCGGGUAUAAAACCUCAAAAGAAGGCAAAAGUCAGUAAAGCCGAAGAAGCGAAGAAGUUCGAUGUCUCCGCCAUCAAGCUCGAUGGAGAAUCUACCACUUCUGUCCCUGUCCACGACAGCUGCGAUGAAAUCCGUAAGAAGAUAUCAGCCUACCUUCGUGAGCCUGGUUUCACCCAAGCUGCUUUUCUCCGAGAGAUCGCAAAGACCUAUCCUGAGGAAAAGAAAAUCCAAUCCAAGGUCUUGAAUGAUUUCUUGAGCAAGAAGGGUGCAACCGCUGGCAAUACUAGUUCCGCGUACUAUGCUUCGUAUGUUUUCUUUGAGAAAAUUCGCCUUGGAGAUGGAAAGCCAAAGAGUAAGCAUAGAGAGGAAAUGGAAAAGCAGUGGGCAAGCGAAGGUAGUGUCGAUACGAAGACCUCAAGUUCUCGACCCUAUUUUUGCCAUUGUCAGUGA